UUUUGAAUAGUUCUUGUGUGUUUCUGGAUGUACGUGGCAGGUGGACAUUGAAAUAUUUUGACAACUGACAUUUUGCUGCUCAAUUCAAGGAAACAUUUAAAGAUCUUUUCUUUUGGUUGAAUUGAGCACUAAACGUGACCCUAACACAGAGCAUACUGUUCAUUCAUGAUUGGAAAGGCGGGAAAGGGGAGAGACAAAAUUGAAAACUUCAUACAACUGGAUCUCGUAACGACGCGUGACUUAAAUUGCGAACGAUUGGAUUCUAGCUGACCGGAUUUGGUAAUUUUCAAAGUGAAGACCGCCGACAUCGAUAAGGAAAAUAGAACAACCCAGAGAAUUAUCAGCGGGUUUGCCGGCAAGAGAUAACUUAUUUCGUGCAGUAAGAACGAAAAACCAUUUUUAAAGUGUUGAAUGAUAAGAUUUGUGCGCUGCCGUCAGAUAUAAUAGAUUAAAAGUCAUUGCGGUGGACAAGGUAGGCUGUUCUUGCUAAUCGCAAGAACUCGUUGGCAGCGUAUUUCACACUCGUCUUCAUAAGUCAAGUCCGACAAAGUAAUUACAUAACAGGAACGUGGUCACAGUACAAAGGAACUGCUCCAGGUUUCCAUUUAUUUGUUACUUGAAAUUGCACUGCUUUUACCCUGUUCUUUACAAAAUUACUCUCUCGAGUUAGUAGGCAUCUGUUUUUGUGUUUAUUUGCAACAGACAAAUUCAAAACUACUAAAAACUUUGAGCUUUGACUACGACAGGCGGGCAACAGCUAGUGUGGACAGCGUAUAUUGGCCCAGAUCCGCCUCUCUGUGCACGAAAGGAAACAAGUCAGAAGAACCUUUUAGCGGCAAGUCUACUCGUCGUUUAAAAUUGUUUGCACAGCUGAGGCAUAAUAGAUAACAUCAAUAACGAAAUUCGACUGAACGGUACAUAAGAGAGCUUCUCUGCGAGAGAUUUCGAGGUUCUUUAAAGCUACAGAAAGAGGCCGACGAGCUGGCUAAAGUAAUAAUUCCUCAUUCUAGAGGCAUGGCAAUGUCCUAAACACUCCUUGAACAGAAGCUCAACAGCAAGAGGAACAGAAGAUGCAAGGAGCUAACAACUCAGCUAUAAUCCUCGAUCCAAAAUCGGAAUCGUCUGGAGCUGAACCCGAAAACAUCACGCUCGCAUCAAUACCGUUGGCUUUCCUAAUUGUCUUUACAAUUUUUGGAAACAUUCUGGUUUGUGCCGCGUUUUAUCAUUGCCGAGAUCUUCGCAAUGUAACAAAUUACUUCGUUGUUUCACUGGCUGUUGCUGACCUGUUAGUAGGGUUCGUGUGUAUGCCAUUCUGGUUCGUUUACCUCAUCAAACAAUGGCCAGACCCUCUUAAGGACAAAGAACUGUACACGUUAUGGAUUUGUUUGGACAUUGUGAGCGGGACAUCUUCAAUUAUGAACUUAGUGGCUAUCAGCGUGGAUCGCUUCUUCGCCAUAACAUCUCCAUUCACCUACCAUUCGAAACUGACUAAGAACCGCGCUCGUUUGUGCAUUGUGUUUCUGUGGGCCUACUCCAUCACUGUAGCCAGUUUACGGCUCAUUUCAACGCAUGGCAAAUGGUAUGCAUAUUUUGUUGCUUCUGCGAGUUAUUUUCUACCACUGCCAGUUCUUCUCUUUUCCUAUGCUCGAAUUUUUCGUGUGGCUCAUCAACAAGCCUUAAAAAUGCAAAUAGAAACCUAUGGCCAAGAAAUGUCAGAUGUUGAACAUAAGAACGGGGAAUCCGCUGACUCAGAGACUUUUGUGAAGCCUCGCGCCUCUUACAGCAUGGGACGGAAUUCUUCCACUGCAAGUCGCCUCCUUUUCCAUAAAGUGCGCCCGCGCCUAACUAGUCAGAGCUCCGUGCGCCAAAUGCGUCGUGUAUAUCACACUGAUCUGAAAGCCGCUAAGACGCUAGCGAUUGUAAUGGGCGCCUUUCUCGCUUGCUGGUCACCGUAUAUCAUCACUUUAUUGAUAACGGUUUCCUGUGGGAGGUGCAUGUCUCAGGACACGACCUUACGACUCGCUAAAGCUAUGAAGUGGCUGCAUUACUCUAAUUCAGCGGUAAACCCGAUCAUCUACACGCUCCUCAAUCGGCACUUCCGAGCGGCUUUCCGUAGGAUUCUUUGUCGGUUCGUGUCCGAUCAAAGUUUCUCGUAUGUCAGUCGAUGGCUAUCGCACAGCACGCCGAGAACCAGCCGAAGUAGUGGAAAUAUUGCCGUUGAUUUAGUUAAAGCCAAUUCUAAGACUGAGAUGGACGCUCUCGUUUGCACUGAAAUCGUGACCGUUGUUUAGAGUUACUGAAGAAGACAAGAGAAAAUUAUCAACUACUGGUUAUUACAAUUUACGACUAAAUCAUCAAAGCCAACGCUAAAGAAUGAAGGACAGGUGACAAUGAUUUACAUUCUAUGCUCAGCAUCAAAAACUCGAUUCUAUUGAGAAAAAAGUGGAUUACCGCUGAAAACCGUGACAAAACUUGGUUGGCUUUACAGUCAAGUUUAAGUUUAAAACUUACAGCUACGGAUUGUGACCUGAAGUUGCCACACACUAACGUGUUUUUCCUGAUUGUGACUUAAACUUGCCACACAUUAAACGUGCUUUCUCUGACUUUCCGGCCGCAACGUAAAGCCAGUUUCUUACUUGAGUCUCGAUUAGUGUGUUAAGAAACUCCGUUAACAAUCGUGUCUUUUCCUUUCGCCCGGAAAUUUAUGUUCCAUAGGUGCAACGACAGUAAAUCAUAAGAAUAGCAAGAGUGGAAAAGAGCUGUUUCAAGGUGGAUAAUUCUGACAGAAAAUCACAAAGACCAAGUAUACUCACGUCUACUUACUCGUGUGUUUAAGUGAAAAUGUGUCGAUUCAAGCAGAAGCAAGAUUGAGCGUGGGAAUUACCAAAAUCUGGGAGACGACAUGGCCAUUCAAAUGAACUUGUAGAUAAACUGAAUCAGAAGUUGCAGAAACCAAAGGAAACUCUGUUGAAUGAGUUCUUCAUUCUAAAAAAGUCAGGGUAAAUUUCCAAGUUCCUCGUUUGUAGCCUGUGUCAAUCUUGUUCAUCCAUAAACUUGCUAUUAUUUUUUUAUUCACUCAAACGUCUAUGGUGUUUUUAUCACCCAGACAUUAAUUAUUUUAAGGCUGUAAUCCAUUUAGAAGCUAUUCAUCCUGACGCUUAAAUGGUUUCAAAAUACUAUGGUAACUCAAUUAAAUUAAUCAUUU